AAGGAAACCUGUUUGUUCUCCCAGGCAGAGGACUCUCUGUCACGUCUCUCUAGCGCCUCCUCUCAGGAUCAGGCCGCUAUAGGAACGGCAGGUCUCUUCGUGCGCUCAGUGAGCGACUGCAGCUGGAGAGACAAUAACAGCGACGCGCGCACAGUAUCUUCAUUUGGACUUGCUAUGGACCAGCAGCACGAUUUACUAAGCUCCUCGCCCAAUAGCCACACGGCUCACUACAACUCUAGUGAUACCAUGGCAACCUCCCUUUCUGGAAUGACCAUCAAUGAUCAUCACCAUGGCAACCAGUUCCAUAAGGAGAAUGGAAUUGCAGUGGGGCUUGUGAGACCAGGGGAAUGUCCAAUGAAAGAAAGCCCCCAAGAUUCAAGACAGGAAGAGAAAGAAGAUCAGUCCCAGCCUGCUGUGGAAGUGGCAAGCGCUGGAGGAAUGGCACCUGCAGCUCAGUCCAAGACCAAUGGUGAUGCAGAGAAGAGGGCUAGCAGUAGACCUCAUGCUGCCGGUUCAAAGAUUCCUGCCAUGACUGCAGUUGCCAAAAAUGGAAAAGACUCUCCUAAGACCCCGGAGACCAGUGGGCACAGCAGCCCCAGCACUCCCAAAUCCCCUGCCAGCAAGGCUGCGGGUGGCAAGUCUCCAAGCACAGGAAAUGAAAUCAAGAAGGUCGCAGUGAUCCGAUCAACCCCUAAAUCUCCGAAGAACCGUUCACCCACAUCACUGUCGGCCGCUGCCCCCCUCCCUGAUCUGAAGAACAUACGCUCCAAAAUCGGCUCCACUGACAACUUAAAGCACCAGCCUGGAGGCGGCCGGGUACAAAUUCUUGAUCAGAAGGUGGAUUUCAGUAAUGUUCAGUCUAAGUGUGGCUCCAAAGCUAACCUCAGGCAUGUACCAGGAGGUGGAAAUGUAAAAAUUCUUGAUCAGAAGGUGGACUUCAGUAAUGUCCAGUCAAAGUGUGGCUCCAAAGACAAUUUGAAACAUGUACCGGGAGGUGGCAAUAUUCAAAUUCUCGAUCAGAAGUUGGACUUAAGUAAUGUGCAGUCUAGGUGUGGUUCCACAGAUAAUAUGAAACAUGUACCCGGAGGUGGAAAAGUGCAAAUCCUCCACAAAAAGAUUGACCUGACCAAUGUCCAGUCAAAGUGUGGAUCGAAAGACAACAUUCGCCACAAACCAGGUGGGGGAAACAUUGAGAUCAGGUCUGAGAAGCUUGAAUUCAGGGCUCAGUCAAAGGUCGGAUCUAUGGACAACAUUAAACACACACCUGGAGGAGGCAGCAGGAGGAUUGAGUCGCACAAACUGAUGUUCCGUGAGCAGGCCAAAGCGCGAACCGACCAUGGCGCAGAAAUCGUGUCUCUAGAGGAGUCACCACAUGGCCUGAGCACAGUCUCCUCUUCUGGCAGCAUCAACAUGGCAGACCCCCCGCAGCUUUCCACCCUCGCUGACCAGGUGUCUGCAUCGCUGGCCAAGCAGGGCUUGUGAUUGGACCAUACUGCCACCAAACCACGCCCCCUCCCAUCCACAUACCUGAUGGUAUUCUAACCUCUCUCUGAAAGUCAUUUUAUGGCCCAGAAAACAAUGCCAAGUACCUUUUAGCAGUCACUGUUCAACUUUGUAAUACUUAAGAUUUGUUAUAGGCCACUGAAGCUGUUUGAACUGUGAAUUAUGUAUGAAUUUGCCUGUUCACUCACCCUUCGCUUUAAGGCAGUGCCCACAGCGGGAAUUUAACAAUUGGAAAUUUCCUCCAACCACCCUCCCUUGACUAUAUUUAGUAGCACAAAAUUUAUUUCAUGUAUUUGUAUGGCUUUUAUUGACCAUUAUAUAUUUCUUUAGACAUGGGAUUUUUUGGUUACUACAGGAUUUAAGACAGUUCAUACAGAACCCAUUUUCACUUUCAGAUAGGAUUGUUCUCAUUUUUAAAUCAGGUUAAAUUUAGAUUGAGAUUAUGAAUAAGUUGCUUAGCAGUGCUUAAAAUAAAAUUAGAGCAUGGUACCUUGAAUUUGAGAAAGAAAGAAACUUAAAGCCCCACAGUUCAAGUUUGAAAUGAUUUGCAAGGCUUAUGUGAAGAAAGACAGGUGCAUAACAGCUUUGUGUAGAAAGGUGAAAGCUGUUUAGUUCUUUUCAAUCUCUUGUAUGUACUGUUGAUUACACUUCACAUCUAAAAUGACCAUGAGAUUCAGAGUGCUUCAUAAGGAAACGUUCCUUACAGUAUUAUUCUGUGGAUGAAUAUGGGAUGUUUGUUAUGAAAACACUUUUUUGUGUGUGCCUACUGGCAGUCUUAAAAUAUUGAUUUGAAUUAUGUCAGUGCUUCAUUGAAAAUGCCUCUCCUUUUUUGUUUGCUUGUUCUUUAGCCUGACAACAGAACACUGAACUUGCAUUUUUAUUUUUUUACGUAAACAUAAAACAAAAUUAUUUUAAAAUUGCAGCUACAUAUUUUAAUCAAGAUGGAUUAACUGUUUUGGACAGUUUGACUGGUGACACUACAAUGAGGUUCAAUUUGUUAGCUUUAUGUAUCAUGAAAUAAAAACAAAUAAUACUUUUACAGCAUUUAUUAAUCUCAAUAAAUGUUAAUUUCUACAUAUACAAAUGCAUUUUAACAUUUAUUUACUAACAGUGAGCAACAGGAAAUAAAUUAAUUAGGAUUAAAAAUUGCUGUAAAAAUACACAUUUUGAUUUAAAAUACAUUGACUAACAUUAUUGUAAAGUGUUAUUGUUUUAUUAAUGACAGGUUACAUGUGAGAAAUCUGGACAUUAUUUGAAAUAUCUUGUGGAAAAACGCAACCUAUGCACCUGUAAACUUUCUCCAUAAUACUGCCAACAGUUCCUCUCAUUCUCAGUAUCCAGCUCUAGUUGAGAAGUAUUUAUGAGAUGAAUUGCCAAACUGUUCUUUUUCAGGCACACACUGUAUUAUAAAUGUGCCUACUACAUUUACAAUAUUGUUUAUUGUAUUCUUCACGAAAAGCGUCACUCGAGCACAAGCAUGCUGUUAAACUUUGAUCUGACCACAUCAUCAGUUUCCACUUUAUAGCUGCAAAAUGUUAAAUCAAGGUAUUCUAUUUUACUGAAUGAUGAUGUUAUGACCUCAGCCAAUCAUAUGGCUUAAAUUCUCUCCCCUGCACUGCAUUAUCGCAGAAUGUUUAAUAAGCUUUGAACCACUUCACACUAUCUUUGCUCCUUGCAUGCAUUUCAUGUAAGCAGCCCGAGAUACUGCGUUGCCUCUUACACGCCUACUUGCGUAUAUCCCGUAAUCACUGAUGUGCUUGUUAGGAAUCUUUGUAGAUAGUAGUGAAAAAGAGCACUACUCAGAUGGCAACCCCUGUUUCUAUGUGUUGGAGUGGAGCUGUGUAUCUACCAUUAGAUAUUUAAUGUAUGUUUAUUGUAUGUUUAUGACUGUAUGUUUAUAUGAGGACUUGAAGAGAUUUAAAAAAAAAAUAAGCAGAGAAGUUCAGAAACCAUGCCUGCAACAUUUUAAUCUGCAUGCUGAGUUUAUACAUGGAUUGCAACAUGUUUCUGAACGCUUUCUGACUAGGGUGUUUUUGGGAAGGUUGGGAGAGCUUGGAUAUGGGAUAAGCUGUUUGUUAUGGUUGUAAUGUUGUGUUGAGGGGGGAAGUGAGUGUUUAGCGGACAGGAAGAGGGAAAGUCAGUCAGUCCUUUGGUUUAAAUGUCUCACUCUGUAGCACACCUGCAACAUAGUUCUGGGUGCAGUUUUGCCAUCCUGUUGUCAUUGACUCCAUACACCAUUUUUGCAGAUGUAAAUUUAAGCUUGGGAACUGUGGUUGUCAAUAUUGUUUGUGUGUUUUUAUUAAUAAUUGGUUUACAAUGAUUCUUGUUGAUGUACACGUGAAUUUGGAAAUAAAGGAUAUUAACCAAU